AUGCCACAUACCAUGGAUGGCUCGCACAUGAACCCAAUCACGCGUGAACCCCUAUGGGAGCCCCAUUUUGCGGUCUUGCGUGACCCGACCACAGGUCGGACAAGAUUCGAAAUACUUUGGGAUCUCCCUGCUGGUGAUCCAAGCUUAGGGAGCCUCAAAGAGUCGGAUGCAGUAGAUAAAGAGCCCCAAAAUCAAGGACUGGGUCAUAAAGAAAUAACACCUGGCUCUGCAGGACUAGAAAGAGUCAUGUUCACCAAAAUGGUUAGAUUGAAUAGACGUGAAGCCCGGAGUGUGAUGCAGGGCAUAAAGGGGGAAUUGCAAGGCUCACAUGUCCAAUACUAUGUCGUACCGAAAGUCGACUUACCCGAGAUUGGUGAGGGAGCAGCAGACAGUCCUCAGGGCCAUUGGGCCGCUGAAAAUGGAUUGUUCGGGCUUGCCCUUGGAUCAUCGAAUCCAUUCCUUCAGGUCGAAGACUGUUCAGGCUCAGAAGCCUUGUCCUGCUGCACAGCUCAAGAACUACCACGUGUCGAUGAAGAAUUCGAGUUUGCGUCAAUCUGCUCUCAUCAACCUGAGGAUGAAGCGCCUAGUUGGUCUGCCUCCCUAUACCCGGGCGGUUUCUGCAGCCAAGAGGACAUCAGGUUACCAUCCUUUUUUCGAAGUCGCGAAAAAGAGGACAUACCCUUCAGAAUCAUGCUGGACACUGGAGUAACUUUCUCUGUUGCUCGUGAAUGGAUUGCAGAGUAUGUCGAGGUUCGGGGCCUAAAACAUCCCUUGUCUAUGCGAACCGUUUCCGGACAGGUUAUAAUAUCAGACAAGGUUGUAUGGCUAGAUGUGAAGCUACCCUGUUUUCACCAGAGCAAGGUCUGCAGACUCAAGGUCUUCCUGUUGAAGGACGAAUCACUUCGACAGGAAGAUGCCUACUUCUGCGCGAACCACUCUGAGAUGCUCGACCACCUUUGGAUCCGGCAAUGCACCCUAUGUGCCGACGCAAAAGCUGACCGGUGA